AUGAAGGGAGUGUAUGCGAACAAGCUAGUAUCUGAGAAGAAGGAUGCAAAAUUUAUUGGAAAAAACGCUAGUGGAACCCUUGUAAACAAUGUGAGAAACCAACUACCUCAAUCUAUGAAGCUAAAUGUCUUAGAAACAUCUGCCCUAGAAAAAUCUGCCUUAGGAAAUUUUUGA